UUUCUUUGCUUUAUCUUCCUCAGUGAAGGAGAGAAAACCCUAGUCUGAAAAGACUUCUUUUGAGCUGUGUUUCGUAUUGGGAAUUUACUAAUCUCACCAGAGUAAGUAAUACUGAUGUUCAGUCUCAAGUAGUUCUGAGCAGACAUUCCUGCACCCAUAGAAAUAUAUCCUGGGGAUGAAAUAUAGGAGGCUUCUGGUCCUCCCCACCCCUGGGCGGAAAGAGCAUUAACACACUAUGGGACAGGAAGAACCUCAAAGUAAACGAGGCCAGCAUUCCCACCUGACCCCUUGGGCCAUUGUGAUUGUUUUCAUCUCACUUCUUGGUGCCUAUUUUAUUGCAAGUUGUUGGUUGACUCAUCACACUUCUCUACGCUGUAAGAGAGGCAGGGGAGCCUUCAAGUUACCGGAACGCCACGCGAAGUUGACAUGCAUCAGAGAGAAAACAGAACUGAAUGGGAGCACCUGGAAUUGCUGUCCUGCUGGAUGGAGGGCCUUCCAAUCCAACUGCUAUUUUCCUUUUCAUGACAAUAACACGUGGGCUGAGAGUGAAAGGAACUGUACAGGACUGGGAGCUCAUCUGGCCUCCCUCAGCACAAAGGCUGAGCAGAACUUUAUUUUGCAAUUUUUGGACAGACAAUUUCCAUAUUUCCUGGGGCUUAUGGAUGAAAACUCUGAAGGCCAGUGGUACUGGGUGGACAAGACACCAUUUAACCCACGCACUGGGUGAGCAUUUUGACUUGGGUGGAAGAGCUUUACAGGCAGAGGCGAGAAGAAGGUUGUAAGCAGGAUUCAUCUGGGGUGGGGUGACCCUGUAAAAGUGCUUACUCAGAACAGAGCACUGUGUGAUGAGUGACCUUUUUACUAGUAUCCUUCUUUGCUUUUAUUGGAUAGUGCAGCUCAGAAUUUUUCACCAGGGCCAUUUUCUCUGCAUUGUCCCCUCCCC